CGAGUUCAGUAGCAAUCGGAAGCCGGCGACAGCAACAACAAACCCAAACAGAACAAUUAGUCGACCGAUAUUCAGAGGAAUAUGAAAGUAUAUAGUCACCUAUAAGUUCAAAAAGUAAACCAUGUAAAAUUCAGCAAUUACGGCAAAGAUAUGUUGGUUUGCGGUGAAUGCGUUUAACGGUGGAUCUUCGCCUGCAGCUCUGCAAUCCACGAGAUACGACUAAAGACAUAGAAUGGCCUCAAACAGCAGCAGUACCCCCGAUCUGGACAGCCAGGUCAAUGUGGAGGAUUUGCCCAUAACGUUCAAGGUGAAAUACAUCGGUUCCGAAGUGGCACGUGGCUUGUGGGGCAUCAAGUACACCCGCCGUCCGGUGGACAUAAUGGUGGGCGUGGCCAAGAACCUGCCGCCCAACAAGGUGCUGCCCAAUUGCGAGCUGAAGGUGUCCACCGACGGGGUCCAGCUGGAGAUCAUAGCCCCCAAGGCGAGCAUCAAUCACUGGAGCUAUCCGAUCGACACGAUAUCGUAUGGGGUCCAGGACCUGGUCUACACAAGGGUCUUUGCCAUGAUCGUGGUGAAGGACGAGUCGAGUCCGCACCCCUUCGAGGUGCACGCCUUUGUUUGCGACAGUCGGGCGAUGGCCCGCAAGUUGACCUUUGCCCUGGCCGCCGCCUUCCAGGAUUACUCGCGACGGGUCAAGGAGGCGGCCGGCGAGGAGGAGGGCGGUGAGACCACGCCCAGCGACUCCAUCACGCCCACGCGCCAAAAGUUCGCCAUCGAUCUGCGAACGCCGGAGGAAAUCCAGGCUGGCGAACUGGAACAGGAAACGGAGGCGUAGUCGGGGUACCACUGUACUUGCGUUCGUCAAUGUGAUGUGUUAGUUACUUAACGUCCAGUGUUCACUGUAUUUGUAAAUUGUAGUUCUCUCACCUGGUAGUUGCCUCAUACAGCUAAUUACCCAAAGCCUAAGUGUUAAUGCGAUUUGUAAACGAUUUUCUAUAAUAAAUUACGAAUAUUGCAGGAUUGUCUUUUAUAAAGGGGA